AUGAAUAUUCAAAUCUCACAUUCAACUGAUUGGAAAGUUAUUAGUAUAAUUCAAUUAGCAUUUUUUAUAUUAUUGAUGAUAUCAUUUGUUUUAAUAACUUUGGUCCAAAUUAGAAAAGGUAUAAGUUUAACAUCAAUUAGAGGUUUUUUCAUUUUUUUAAUUGUUUUCCAAUUAGCUAAAAUAGUUGGUGGUAUAACUGGUAUAAUUUUAUUAGAUUCUUCAAAUUUUAAUCAGAAUGUCUUCAUUGCAACUUAUAUAUGUGAUUCAAUUAGUUAUGGUUUUAUUACAAGAGGUGUUAGCUCUUUAAUUCAACAUAUGUUAAAUACUAAAGAUCAAGAUCUGCAUCAACGUACAUCAAAUGUAUCGGUUUCAACUUUUGAUAUGGAAAAUCAAAAAUUUGAAUCUACUGAAAGUGAAUAUAAGAUUGAUGAAAAGCAAGUCAAGAAAAAAUCACCAUUCACUAUUGUUACUUUAAUUUUACUAGCUGCUGUUAUUUGUAACAUUGUUGGUAUGUCUAAUCUUUCUGGUUCAACUGCUCCAGAUAAUACUACAGAAACUUUAAUCAAAACAUCUGCGGUUUUGUUUUUGGUUGGUAUGAUUUUAUUGAUUCUUGCUUCGAUCUAUCUUAUAAUUGUUUCCCCGAAUAAUAAACCGACUUGUACAUUAUUGAUUGUUAUUUUGUUGAUUUUAAUAAUAAGAUGUAUUUAUUCGUUAUUAAGUGCUUUUCAUGGUGUUAAUUUCAAUCAACCAAGUCAAUAUAUGUUAAUCUUUGGCGAUUCAAAAUAUUAUGGGUUUUUAGCUUUAUUGCCAGAAGGUGUUGCUGGAAUCUUAAUUAUGGUUGUAUUUUUUCAAUGGUAA